UCGGGGGGCCCUACGAUGCACCGGCAUGGUGCCUGGUCCAUACGGGACUGCGGUCUGGGUGCAGUCAGGAGAUUAUUCGGUUGCCGGCCUAAUAUCUUCGAACGUUCCCGGAAACACAUGCCUAUCCCGCAAUCUCACGAUACACUUGUAGCCGCCGCCUUGUCCUGGAUUGUUCAAGUGAACCGCAGGUCAAGUCAUCAUGGAAGAAUUACGGCGAGAAUCGGACAUGUCUUGAUUACGACAAGGAAGGAGGCUGCGUUGCACUUAGACUCGAAUGUUGGCGCUGUCACUGUCCUGAAUGUGUAAAUAGCGCUUCAGCGCUUGUACACUGCCAGCCAAUCCAAUCGAAGGAGAUAGUCAAAGUCUAGGUUUGAACACGUGCCGUUAUCUUUUCGUCGGGUUUCUUUUGGGUACUAGUUGCCUAUCAGCUCGUGGCUCAUAUUUACAAGCAUGUCACCGACACCUGGAGUUCGCGUGCUGAAAGAGUCCAGCGUGAUUGGCACUGGGAUAGAUAUCCGUGAGCAAUGCCAGGACUCCGAGGACGCUACAUCACCAAAUGUCAUUUUGAUAUUCGGGUGGAUGGGAGCACAACUUGGACAUUUGCAGAAUUAUACUCAUGCAUAUACCAAGUUAUAUCCAAACGCGUCUCAAAUCGUCGUUCAGUGCAAUCCCGACAUGUUCUGGAUUCCAAUUAGUACUAGGCAACGACGUCUCAUGCCUGUCAUUGACGCCUUAGAAGCACUGCACUGCUUGCCAUCUUCCUCUCCUACCCAACGGCCUCCCCGCAUACUUACUCACGUGUUUUCCAAUGGAGGUUCCCUGCAAAUGACACUUCUUGGACAUAUGCUGCAGCGGAAAUAUGGUUCUGCAUCAGUUCACGGGUCAUUCACUGGCGCACUGAUCCUCGACUCAUGCCCAACGGCUCUCAACUUAAAAGCACUCAAACGUUCUUUCAACAGUGCCAUCCGCAACCCAAUUCUCAGAUCCAUCAUACUCACUUUCAUAUAUACGGUGUUCGUUGUCCGCUUCGGCCUCUCUUUGCUGUUCGGUAAGGACAUGAUGUUAGUCAAAGGCAUCCAGACCGAUAUGUGGAACCCCCGCAUCCUACCAUGGAUGAGCCUCCACACACCCCGCAUCUACCUUUUCUCGCGCAAGGAUAAAUUGAUUCCAUGGCAAGAGGUCGUGCAACAUGCUGAGACUGCGAAGGAACGCGGAAUGGAUGUCCGGUGCGAGCUGUUUGAAGAGAGUGGACAUGUAAGACACGCUUUGGUCGAGCCGGAGAGGUAUUGGUCUUUGGUACAGGAGGUUUGGGUGGUCGCAAUAUCCAAGGAGAAAGGCAAGGCGAGGAUGUCUCAAGCUCCACCAGCUCGGCAGCGUCAUAGUUUCCUUUAGCCGCCGCAUCUGAGACCUCCGCGCGACCUUGCACUCCCUCGAGCCCAGCCUGGGUGUGGACAUAAAUGAGAGCAACUCGAUAUCAUGACAUUUUUUAGCAUCACAAGAAAUUAUAAUAUAAAUUCAUU